AUGAAUAUAUUCCAGCUGUCUCUAGAUUCUCCAGAAAGAAUUCGACAAGAAAAGAACGGGGGUGCUUGGUGUCCCAAAGCACAAAUCAGCAGUGACGUAAAAGAGUACUUAGAAGUCGAUCUCCAGAAGAACCACUUAAUGACAUGGACCGAGACCCAAGGACGAUUCGGUAACGGUCAAGGCCAGGAAUUUGCCGAGGCUUUUCUAGUCGAAUAUUGGCGGCCAUCUUUGAAUCAGUGGAUUACCUACAAGGAUUCACGAGGAGAAAAAGUGUUAACAGGAAAUAGCAAUACCUACCUAGUGGUUCGACAACGACUGGAACUUCCCUUUAUAGCAAGUAAAGUGCGUUUCAUCCCUUACAGCGAACAUCCCAGAACUGUCUGCAUGAGGGUUGAAUUAUACGGUUGCCCAUGGGAACAAAAUGUAAUAAAAUACGAAGCUCCUAGAGGAGAGGUACGUGAACCUGACAUAGAUUUGGAAGACAUCAGCUAUGAUGGAACGUUGGAUGGUAAAAUGAUGAGAGGCGGCUUGGGACAAUUGGUAGAUGGAUUGUACGGUGACGAUGACUACCAGAAGCAGUUAAACGGCGAACAGUCAGGAAUUUUGAACAUUGCCAGGGAAUUGUGGGAAUUGCUGGGGCGUUGUGGAAAUUGUGAAAAUUGUGAAAAUUGUGAAAAUUGUGAAAAUUGUGAAAAUUGUGAAAAUUGUGAAAAUUGUGAAAAUUGUGAAAAUUGUGAAAAUUGUGAAAAUUGUGAAAAUUGUGAAAAUUGUGAAAAUUGUGAAAAUUGUGAAAAUUGUGAAAAUUGUGAAAAUUGUGAAAAUUGUGAAAAUUGUGAAAAUUGUGAAAAUUGUGAAAAUUGUGAAAAUUGUGAAAAUUGUGAAAAUUGUGAAAAUUGUGAAAAUUGUGAAAAUUGUGAAAAUUGUGAAAAUUGUGAAAAUUGUGAAAAUUGUGAAAAUUGUGAAAAUUGUGAAAAUUGUGAAAAUUGUGAAAAAUUGUGA